AUGGUGAUGCUAAUGGUGCAGGUCCGCCGAGCUGAGGACUAUACACGAAGCAAUAAUAGGGGGCUCAGUCCAAUCAUUUUCGCCAAAGAACCUGGUCUUAAAGGACAUGGCAUGAAUUUACCAAUUGCCGAAACAAGAGUUGCCUUCAAAUUCAGCAUAUUGGGGUUAGUGCAAGUAUCGGAUAGGUAUAUCGGCAAUGGAUCCUCGCGUACGCUUUCUUGA